CAGCACAGGAGAGCACAGGUGACCACAGAGAGCUCAUCAGCACAGGUAACCAUGCAGGCCGAUAAUCAAAAAAGAGCACCAGCAUGGACCGUACAGGAGGUACUGGAUCUGAUUGCUAUAUGGGGAGAGGAUUCAGUGCUAGCAGAACUUCGUUCGAAAAGACGAAAUGCCAAAACGUUUGAAAAAAUCUCCAAGGGCAUGAUGGAGAGAGGCCACAAUAGGGACUCAGAGCAGUGCUGCAUGAAAGUCAAGGAGCUCAGACAAGCCUAUCAGAAAACAAAGGAGGCAAACGGUCUCUCCGGGUCAGAGCCGCAGACAUGCCGCUUCUACGCUGAGCUGCAUGCAAUUCUACGGGGGGCCACCGCCACUACCCCACCUCUGACUGUGGAUUCCGAGGCGGGGGUAAUCUCAUCAGCCACACCUGAGGAUUCUGCAAAUGGGGAAGAGGAGGAGGAGGACGAUCUUGCGGAGAGCACACAGCACUCUAUUCUCCCCAACAACCAGGAUCUUUUUCUCAGCCUGACUGAAGUACCCUCCCAACCCUCCCAAGCAAAUACCCAAGACCAUGACCCCAUGGAAGGGACCUCAGCAGCUGCAAAUUUUUCAAGCCUCCCUCCUCCAUCCCAAAGGUUAUCUCAGAUAAGGCAUCGGAAAAAGAGGACGCGAGAUGAGAUGUUCGCAGAAAACAUGGAAUUCACCCGCAAUGAAAGAGCUCAUCUGAAUGAGUGAAAGAACAUAGUUUCAAAGUAUAGGAAAGAUGCCAGUGAAUGUGAGGACAGGAGGGACCAAAGUGAGGCCAGAAGGGACCAACGUGAGGAGAGGAGAGACGCUCGAGAUGAGAGGUGGUGGCAGGAAGAUCAGAGGAAGCAGGAUGCAAUGCUGGGGCUGCUGCGUGAGCAAACAGACAUGCUCCGGCGUCUGGUGGAGCUUCAGGAAUGGCAGCAGGAUCACAGACUGGCGCUACAGUCCCUGUAUAAGCCCCCUCCCCUCUCACCAUGUUCCAUAGCCUCCUCACCCAGACGUGUAAGAACACGGGGGCGGAGGCUCUGUGCACCCUCUCAUUCCACCCCAGUGGACAGCCCAAGCAAAAGGCUGUCAUUAUUUUAACCUUUUUUUAGUGGCCUUUUCCUUCCCUCCAAUCCUCCUCCCAAACCCCACCCGGGCUACCU